AUGCCCGGCUUGGACUACUCCCGCUUCGACGGCAUCGGCGACUCGGACUCCGAUGGGGAGAAGGAGACAGAGGAGCCGCAGGCGGAGCUGACGGAGCUGCCCAAGGAAUUGACCCAGGGCCAGUCCUUGGUCUUGGCGGCGCGGGAGGGCCAGCUGCACGUGGUGGAGGCCUUGCUGCAGAGCCGCGCGGAGGUCAACGCCACAGACCCCCACCAGGGCAGUGCCCUGCUGCGGGCAGUGCAGCUGGGCAUCCAGGCGCGGCCCACCAUCGAGGCCCUGCUGAAAGCCAGCGCGGAUGUGGCCCAGGAAAGCGCACAGGAGGAGACGCCUCUCACGGAGGCCGCCGCCCAUGGCCAUCCAGAGCUCUUGUCCGCGCUGUUGGCAGCGGAUCCGCCGACCAAGGCACUGGGCCCAGCCCUGCGCACGGCGGCGCGGGCCGCCGCGGCCGGCGGAUCCGCGGGGCGCAUUGGGCGGAUGCUGCUGGACAAGGGCGCACCGGUGGAGGGGGCAUUGCACGCCUGGGCGCGGCAUGGGCACCUGGAAAUGGUUCAAGAGCUCCUCAGCAGACGAGCAGAUGUGAACGAGAAGGAUGCUGAAGGCCACACUGCCCUUCUGCGUGCGGCACAGAAUUCUCACGAGAAUUCGUCAAACAUCAUCAGCAUGCUGUGCAAAAGCAGGGCCGACCUUGAGGUUCCCAAUCGGAAGGGCAUCACGCCUUUGGAAUCAGCUUGCACUGCGCGUUCUGACGGCCUUGUCGAGACGCUGCUUGCUUGUGGGGCGCUUGCAGAAGCAAAACAUCGGGAAGACCUGAAGACCGGCAUGUCCCCGCUGGUCGCUGCGUCCGUUGCUGGGGGCGCGUCUACUGCAUGGCUGAUCCUCGAGGCUCGGGCCGACGCAAAUUCAGCUGACGCUGGUGGCCGGAGAGCCUUGCCUUGUGCGGCAGCAAGUGGGAACCUUCAGCUGUGCCAAGUUUUGUUGUCGGCGCGCUCGGACCCAAACCUCCGCAGCAGGGGAGAUCGCAGCGGGGAGGGGGCAGCAGCUCUCGUCAUGGCAGUGGCUGCUGGCCAUGCUGCAGUGGUAGAGGAGCUGUUGGCAGCAAGAGCGGACCCAGAGCAGCCCAGCGAAAGGGGUCAGACUUCCUUGAUGCUGGCAAGCUCCAGCCCAGAUUUGUGUCAUCAGCUGCUGCAUGCCCGCGCCAACGCCGCAGCCACCGACACUGACGGCAAGACCGCGCUGAUUUUGGCGGCGGGCGCGGGGUCUUUGGGCAUUUGCCAGGCCCUGCUGGCGGCCAAGGCCGACGUCGCGCAGCGCAGCACCGGCGGUGCGGCCGCACUCCACGCGGCCGCAGCCUCAGGCCACGCGGAGGUCUGCCAUCUGCUGCUGGCGGCCAAGGCAGACCUGACCCCCGGCCCUGCUGGACGCACACCCAUGGAGGUGGCCGAGGUAGCAGGCUACGCCUCCUUGGCGGCAAUGCUCAAGGCAUGA